AUGCACAGAAUCACAGUGGUGACAGGAUCAUCUUCUGGUGAUCCACCAACUCCUCCAAGCCCCUUGCCCCAUCUCGACGCCGUUUCUGAUGCAAGCUCAGGGGACAGUCCAGGCUCAAGUCCGGACCAUAACAGUACCCAGAAACCGACAAAGGUAUCCAGCUGGAGAAAGAGGGGUUCGCGGCACCUCCCACCACCAUACCCAGACCCCAUACCGCUAGAUCUCUCCAUGAUCAAGCGCAGAGAUCUACCAAUAAGGCUAGUCGUGGAUGAACCAGUGCCAGUGGAAUGCUACUCAGAUGACCCCUUUGCGCAAACGACCUCCAGUUCCGGGGUAAGAAGGUUUUCUAGUAGAAGACAAAGAUCGAAGGAAAACAGCAGCAACAAGUGGCAUUCUUCCUCGGCGGCAAAGCCAUCUUCCUCCAUUCAAAACAGCUUUGCCAACUUUGACGACGCGUUUAGAAACAGCGUCAGUUCAGAAUCGUCGUGGGUAGCCUUUGAUCAGAGCUCCAAGGGUGAAACUGCUACAAGCACCACCGAAAAGGAGUCUCCUUCUGAUAGCGGUGAUUCCCUUCAUGUCUUUGAAGACGCUGCUGCCAGUUACGACAAAGACACAGGUGUUCGGAGGAGCAAAGGGCCUGUACUUCGAAUGGAAUACAAGGGUGAAAUGGUGUCAGUGAGUGAAACGACUACCGCACGACUUCAAGACCUUUCUUGGGUAUGA